AUGAGUGACAAACUAAACGAUUCAUUGGACGGCAAAAGAAAUAAUUUCAAUGAAUUGCAUUUAAAUGAAAUGAUAUUAAAAGCGGCCGAAGACGGGGACCUGUUGGGCGUGAAGUGGUGUCUGUCUCGGGACCAGAGUGUGGUGAUGGCAGUGGACAGUGAUCUGUACACUCCUCUGCAUCGGUCUGCGUAUAACAAUCACACGGAAGUGAUGCGACUUCUGAUCGGAAGGGGGGCUGACGUGAGGGCGCGCACUCUGGACGGCUGGACACCUCUGCACUGCGCCUCCAAGUGGGCCAACACUGGCGCCGCAGAUCUGCUCAUCAAUUGUGGCGCUGAUAUCAACGCCGUGUCCGAUGGCGGCAACACUGCCCUCCAUUUGGCCGCCAGUCAUAACAACCGACAACUUCUGGAACUGUUUCUCCACAACCAAGACAUCGACAUCACUCUCACCAAUGAUAGCGGAGAAACCGCUUAUCAGAUCGCAAAGAGGUCCUCACCAUUGCAUCAGUUGUGGCAAUAUUUGUGA